AUGCUGAAUGUGAAUGCCAAGGCUUUUGUUCCUCAAUCCUUUGGGGAACAUGCAGGGGCUCAUACAAAUGCCAUUUACAGGUACCAUAUCACACUUCCAAUGGAGAGGGUGUGUGAUGUCAUAGAGCCGCCAACAGUAUCAAAUGGUAUUCUCAUGCUUUUGGGAAGGCGGUGGUUGUGCAGUUCUUCCCAGGGAGGAUUAGGUGAGGAGCCUCUUCAAAUGUUCAUCACUACACUUUUCGAUGCAGUGGAAAAUGCUACUCAGACUGGAAGAAACCCAAAUGCGCCUACAGGAAUGCUUCUUUCUCGCUCUAUCCUUUCUCUAUCUGGUGUGGUUUCCGCAAUCAAUACUGUCAAUGAUGCUCCAGGAUUCCUUAUUCGAGUCGACGUCUCCACAGACUACAAAGCAGAAGUAGCUUCUCAGCUUAGAGCUGCGUGGGAUGAUUUUUUCGGGAUUUUUCGAGGAGAACUUCAAGUCUCUGCUUUGGGAUAUGUGGAAUCUUCGUGCGGAACUUCAACAAAAAAGACGUACGGAGGAACCUAUCGACAUUACUUCUUCCUUUCGUGUCCCUCCCUGCAUUCCCAACCAGAAGAAUUAACCAUACAACGCAUGAUGGGAUGCCCAUUUCCUAAGCUUCGUGUGGUGCAGGUAAAUGCUAUUGUGCCAUUUGUUUGUAAUCCACGAAUACCAAUAGGUGUGGUUAUAUCUUUGGGAGAUACAGCAAAGGAAAAAUUACUUUCAGAAGGAAAACCGGAUAAGACCUUUUCAAUUUCAUUUUAUCCAUAUGAUGUGUCUCAAACUAUGUCAAGCCUUGACGAAUACGAAGAACAGUUCUUGUCCUUCUUAAAAGAAGAGAAUUGCAAGUGGGAUCGAACAUCUAUUAUCCAUGUUGAAGUAAAAAUCUUCAAAUCAUUCUCGAUUGGUAUUUCUCCAAUUCCCAUUUGGGAUAUGGUGCAGUUUGUUGGUAACAUAUGCGAGGAUACAGCGAGUAGCGUAUUGGGUGUCUGCUGCAGUGAAGAUACUCUAGAAGGCAUUCAGUUGGCAAGGCAUAAAGAAGAAGGCAAUGUGUGCUACUUGAAUGCCACUCUUCAGUCGGUGCUAAAUGAGGGUCGCUCAUUAGAUAUGUCCAACACUUAUUUUGGUCGAGUUCCUCAAUAUAUCAAGGGUCCAAUUAAAUCAAAUCAAUACGAAUUCGUCCGUAAGCAAAUGGAUAAAUGGCUCCCUGUGUAUGAUGAGCCAACACUUUUAAAUCGGAUGGUAUUUGCUUCUGCGGCCGAUAAAUUUUCGAAGGAAAAGUAUUACGUGAGGAACCAAGUUAUAGGUGAAAAAAUUCUGGUGGUGACAAAUCCUCAAGGGGAUGUUUUUGGUGCUGAUUUGAAAACUGGGUCUGUUUUUGCGUUGCCUAAUUGCUUUGGUGGAGCUGUUGGUCCCGUGAAGGAUUCGGUUUUUCAAGCUGUUAUAGCACCCUCUUUUCGAGGAUACCUAGAGUGUGUCAUUGUAGUGGAGGAUGUUUUGUGUUUUGAAGGAAUAAUGGUAUCUGAAUUGCCAUUUCCUGAACGAUGGCAUUAUGUUGAAAAAACAAUAUUGGACGACCAAACCAGCCGACCUCACAUAAACACUGAUCAUGUUGUUAUUGUACGGACUUUGUACUCUCCAUUUGACCGGACUGAACAAGUUCUAAAAAAUCCACCUUUGGAACACCCAACCUUGGGUUUGGUUUUUGUUCCUCACUCUUCCAAUGAUGGGAAGAUGAAAAUACCAUCCUACAGCUGGGUUCCUCCAGAGUCGAUAACAGCCCGAUUCAUUGCAGGCAAUGUGGAAGAAAUCCCCGAUACAAAUGGGGAAAUUAAACGUGUAUGGCUCCAUGUGAAGGAUGAAUAUGGUGAAAUUGUACCAUACAAUGAUGAAUACACCGAUUAUUUACUGGAUGCAUUUCAAUUCCUCAACAAUGGUUCUAUUAUUGAAUGCAUGCUUCGGAGGAGCGACGACGGCUCACAUUGGUGGGAAUUACUUAAGGAUCACAAUACAGGUAACGAGAAGCCAACUUAUACGUAUGAAUACGUAGAGAAACUUGUUCAUGCACCAGGGUUGACUCAUGAAGAGAUGCUAUGGCUACUUAAAGCUUCUACCUUUAAAUGUGGACGUUGCCAGACUCUCAGUGAUAUUGGAAGGACAAACCCCAGGUAUCAGACAUAUUGGUGCCAAAGCUGCUGGAAGGAAUCUGGUCACGGGGAUUGUGUAUAUUGUGGACGUUCUUGCGUAAUUGGAAAAAUAGAUGGUGUCAGUGAACGAUUCUACUGUGACACAUGCUGGGGUGUUUUCUCCACAACAAAUACCAAUGCAGAAAUUGGAUAUUUAGUUCCUCCCCCACCAAACGCCUCGUUCACAACACAGGUAUUAACUCGCUGCGUAUCACUUAUGAUCGAUGCAAUAAAUCCCAAAGUACCUACAAAUGAUGUACUUGAAAUUUGCUGCGGAGGGUCUGUUAUACGCAAGUGGAUAAAAAACAAAACUACUCGGUACGUCGGUUUUGAUUUGAAGUCUAGUGUGGUAGAAGCGACACUUGAACUCAUAUCCUCAUUACGCGAUGAGAUGCCAGAUAUGUCAUCCUAUGAUGUUAUCUGUGCCGAUGCCUUUUCCACAGAUUUAUGGACUCAACAUAUUACAAAGAUCCAUCCCCGCCAAUUUCAUGCGAUAACAGGGUUCACUGGACUACAUUAUGCCUUUGACACAGAGGAGAAGGCACGCCACGUGGUCGGGAGUAUAUCCAACGCAUUGGUUCCUCGGGGCGUGUUUUUCGGUUGCUAUCUUGAUGCCAGCACAUUUUAUGGGAAAGGUGAAAUCUCCAACGAACUCUUUACUGUUGAAUGGGAUGAUGACUUCUUGCCUCGUAUUGGACAUUGUUUCUUGUUUUCAAUCGAAGAUGGACCCAAGAAAAAGAUAAACGUUGUGACAAGUGAUUUCCUUGUUGCUGUUGCACAAGAGUAUAGACUCAGUGUAAUCCCCGAGGUCUGCCUAACCUUUCGAGAGAUCCUAGAAAACGACCCCAAUUUCACAAGGGUGCUGUCAAAGAGUGAAAAAGAAUAUGUUUGUGCAAUGAGGAUGUUUGCCUUCCGUAAAGACUGUGAUCCACAAGCACCUGCGUCCAGCAAAACGGACGGUGGCAGUGACGAAUCUUGA